UUACUGCUUGAAGUUGUGACGUCGAGCAAACGCGUGUCAUUUGCUUCAGUUUUUCGAAAAUAACUGGGCUUGUGCACUUUUGCAGUCGAAAUAACAAGUGGCGAUUGGUUUAAUUGAUUAAAUACUUUGAAAAUACACUUACCAAGAUGCUGUACUUGGAGGAUUAUUUGGAAAUGAUUGAACAUCUCCCACAAGAACUGAGGGAUAGAUUUACUGAAAUGAGAGAAAUGGAUUUAUCGGUUCAAAAUAACAUGGAUACUCUGGAGAAGCGAGUCCGCACUCUGUUUGGCAGCUGCCGUCGCAGCGAGGUCAACACCGAGCAAGCUAAUACAGAGUUCUCGGAUAUCAAGCGAGGAUACAACAAGACAUUAGAGGAAGCUGAUGAAAAGGUGGCACUGGCUAAUCAGAUGUAUGAGCUGGUUGAUAGAUACUUGAGAAAACUUGAUACGGAGCUUCACAAGUUUAAGUGUGAGUUAGAAGCUGACAACAAGGGUAUUACGGAGCUUCUGGAAAAGCGCUCACUUGAGCUGGAUGUCAACACUAACCACACCAGCACUGCUAACAACAACCACUACAAGGACAGCAGAUACCGCAUCCGCGCGGAGAAGCGGCGCGAGAGCUGGGCGUCGCCGCGCGAGGCGCGCGCGCACGCCGCCUCGCUGUCGCGCACCGACACCGCCAUACAGGCUGCGCUGGGUCGUGACCCGCUAAACCCUAUUGGUCAAGUUGGAAACGCCAUAGCAGUCGCUGCCACACAAGCUAUUCACGCCUCUACCCACCAGAUGCAGCACGGGCGGCGCACGGCGGCGCUGAAGGCGUCCUACGAGGCGGUGUCGGGCGAGCCGCUGCACGCCCGGCCCGCGCACCACGACCACGGUCACGGGCUGGCCCCGAGCCACAGUCAGUCUGCGCACGCGCACCACACCACGGCGCACUCCGCGCACUCCGCCUCCUCCUCCUCUUCUAAUAAACGACACAACAAGCAGAAGAAGACAUCAUACAACGCGUCUCUGGGCGCGGCGAGUCACUCGGCGCACGCCGCCAGCCGCUCCUCCUCGCCCACUGUUGUUGGCAUGAACACAGUAGUAAACAGCGUCCCCAUAGAAGAACCCAUGGAGGAAGAGUGGAGUUACGACCCCAACGAGCCCCGAUACUGCAUCUGCAACCAGGUGUCGUACGGAGACAUGGUGGCGUGCGACAACCAGCAUUGCCCCUACGAAUGGUUCCACUACCCGUGCGUGGGCAUCACGGCGCCGCCGCGAGGCAAGUGGUACUGUCCGCAGUGCCAGACCAACAUGCGCCGCAACCGCAUCCACCGCAAGAACUAGCCGCGUUGCUGACUGUACCCGUGUACUGAUAUGACCUAUGAAUAAGACACUGGAACCGUAUGCGUGCAAGACCAACCGCAUCCACCGCAAGA